GGUACGGUACUAUCGGUGAUCAUCUUUUAGUGGCAUUGUAGAACGGUUAUUUAUAUUUUUUCAAUUAAAAUGUAUUGAAUGAUAAGGGCGUUUGCUUUAGUCUCGUUUUAAGUUUUACUUUGUUUAAUAAUUUCUGAAUAUUGGCACUUUGGAAAAUGGCUAGAAGCCCAUUUCGCAGAUUACUCCAUUGGGGGCCUAUCUCUGUUUUGUGUAUCAUUAAAUUGAUCACCUGGUCUAUGAUGCAUGUUCUGAGUAUGUGGUGGCCACCACAUGCAUCCACAGGCGGUGCGAUACACUCCGCUAUAUUUCUCGGCUUAGCCGCCACGACGCUGUACUAUUUCCUUCAGUCAAUGCUUGAAGGUCCUGGGUUUGUGCCUAUUGGAUGGAAACCAGACAAUGAAGAAGAUACACAAUACUUGCAAUAUUGUAGUAUUUGUAAAGGAUACAAAGCACCAAGAUCACAUCACUGUCGAAAGUGUGGGUAUUGUGUUAAGAAAAUGGACCACCACUGUCCAUGGAUCAACUGUUGUGUGGGACAUGCUAACCAUGGAUAUUUUACUAUGUUCCUGACAUCAGCUGUCUUGGGAUGCCUACAUGCUUCCAUUGUGCUGCCAAUCUGCGUGUACCACGCCCUGAACCGCGUGUGGUACGUGCACCAUGGCACGGGGCGCGAGCCACUGGUGUACUUGACUCUGACGACGUUACUGCUGACGUUACUUGCCGUCGGCAUGGCGGUCGGCGUCGUUCUGGCUGUCAGCGCACUGCUAUACUUGCAGCUUCGCGGAAUCUUGCGCAAUCAGACGACGAUAGAGGACUGGAUCGUGGAGAAGGCGGUGAGCCGGCGCGAGGAGCAGGGGCUGGCUCCGUUCGUGUUCCCGUACAACCUGGGCUGGAGGAAGAACUUCAAGUUCGUGCUGUUUGGCUCGCAGUACGACGGGCUGCGGUGGCCAGUCCGCGAGGGCUGCGGGGCAUAUGACUUGACGCGAGAACAGCUGUGCCAGAAGUCUGAGAAGCGUCUCCGGUCGCGUCUGUACACGGCUACAUCUCACUACUCCGGCCGCUGGGUGCCGAUACUGUCCCGCCCGCGCGCGGCCCUGGCGGCGCCCUGCAGCGACGAGCCGCGCCUGCCGCUACGCCCCGGUGACGUCAUACGAGCCACCAGGCAACGGAGACACUGGCUAUUCGGCGAGAAGCUCGGCGCGUCGGACGGCGAGCGCGGGCCGCGGGGCUGGUUCCCCAGCGCCGCCGCCGCGCCCACCGACGAGAUGGCCAAGACCAAGCCCGACUAGCGCCGCCGCCUCUGCCGAGGUAUCCCCGCGUUGUAUGAGCUCGUUUGCUUACACGACAACGUCAUUGAAACCACUGUAUGAACUGGUAUGAACCGCUUACGUUCAGUAACACUAUAUAACUAUGUACUUGAUCCUUUAAAUAUAGCUUGACUCAUUUGACAGCUGGACAAUACAUUUUCCUGAUAUGCCUCUUUCGCAUUAGACUGUGACCAGCCAUGAGAAAUAUCAUUUGUACCCACUUUAGAACCCUGUUGUAUUAAGAUACUUGUCAUUUAGUGAGCCAUACAGUUCAAUUUGUCAAAAAAGUUAAUGUGAUAUGGUACUAAAGCGUAUACAAAUGCUCGUUAUCGUACUAUCAUUCUGUUCUGCUCUCAAACUACUCAAGUUAUUAUGUAACGGAGUAUGAAGGUUGGGAAUAUGUAUACCAUGUUUAAAUAGUCUUCUAUAGUCAUUGUUUCGCUUGAUGCAUUUAGACUGUAUCUUCGGAAUCAAGAAGCGUAGCAUUUUAGAUGUCCUUGAGUGUCUUUUUCUUCUUCGUGCAUAAUUUGACGCUCCGAUGCAUGCUUCUGUCCGAAAACGCAGUGUUUAUCCAGUUGCCAGGAAGUAGGUAGGUAUAAUACUUAUAUAGAAUUGGGUAGUUUCCUAGGUCAAAGAUAAAAUAUGAAAUUCUGAUUACUAUAUUAUAAAGACAGAUCUAAAGGUGACAAAAAAGUUUUUUUUUUCUAUUUAACUUUUUUAUGAAUUUGAAUAAAGAAAAAUGUAAUAAUAAGUGCGACAUUUUGUCUCGAUUUUCUAUGACGUCACAGGUUGCUUUAUCAUACAAAUUCCAUAGUAAUUUCGUGUUUUGAAGUUUAGUAAAAAGUAUCUGAUUUGACUUGUUGGAAACUACCCUAUUGUUGAAACAAAGGAGUGCGCGAGAGUUGUGCUUUUGUCCGUGACUCAUACUGGAUUAUGAUUCAUGGAUCGCGUCAUUGCUGUCACGGUUAGAUUGACGGUAACAGCGUAGCACAAACUAUAUUUAAAAAAAAAAUGUAUAAGGUAAGUAUUGUAUAUUUUAUUUCUACAUAUACACGUGUCGAUUCUAACCGGCUUAUUCUAACCGAAUUUAGGUUUGAAAGUUCUAAAACUAAUGCCGCCUCUUUCUUUCUUUAAACCUUUUGCGAUAUAAUUAGAGUGGAUAAUUACGUAAAAAUAGGUACCAGAGGGGUAGUCAGGAUCCUUAUCACACACAGAUCAAAUGUUAAGCGUAAAUGAAGAACGACACUGGUUUUAGAGCUGUCAAAGCUUAAACUAAAAUUUAGUUUAAGCCUGAAUCGACACUAUUGUAUACUAAAUACUUCAACAUAUUUAUAGGUAAAGAAAAAUAUUUAUAAUAAUUGUCUUUAUAUGUAUCAGGGAGGUGUAAUAGUAGACAGGUAGGUAGUAAUCGAAUUUUAGAGGCGAACGAAUAGUAACCAGUAUAUUUAUAUACGUCAGUAAGAUGAAAAACUUUCCUAAGAUUUUAUAGUGAAUUUAAUAAAUUACUUAGAUGAAAUAAAUAAAUUUUAUAGCCAUAUUAUACUUUCAAUAGAUAGCGUAAUUUCAUCAUUUUUUUUAAAUGCGAAUAAAAAGAAUACUUGACUUGAAAUGCAAAAGGUAAUGCAAGGAAAUUUUCGAUUUAACCCAAAAGGUUAACUUUAUUUUUGUCACCUUUUUGUGACAUAAAAAUAUUUUUAAUAGUGCAAUGCAAUGUAAUGAUAAAUUCGUGCACAUUCGUGCUAUCUAAAUAAUUAAAUCUAUAGACUUAUUAAAUUGUAUCUUUAAAACAGGGUUGUAUCAAUUCCUUAUGUUGGUAGUCGAAGUUUGUUCUAAGAUACUACAGUAAGUCGAUCUCAAAUAUGAAUACAUAAAUGUAGUUAUUUGUUGUCAAUCAUUUAUUAUGGUUAAGCAUAUUGUGAAUAUUUACACGUACUUCAUGUAACGAUAACUUUCUUAUUUGCAACUAGAUAAUAAUAACCUAAUUGUGAAUAAACGUAAGCAUUUAAAUGGACUUAAUAUGUUUUAGGAUUGUUACAAGUGAUAUUGUUUAUAAAACUUUUGUACAAAUAAAAGUGUUAAUUAAUAUAUAUAUAUCGACGAA